AUGCCCUCCCUGUUCCGCCCCAUCUUUGCCAUCCUCCUCUACCCCCUCUUCCUCCUCCUCCACCUCACCUUCACCCUCAGCUCCCUCUCCCUCCGCAUCUUCCAGUCCCUCACGACCCCCGUCCCUCAUACUAUCGACAUCGAGCACGUCUCCCCCCCGCGGCACGUCGCUCUCGUGCUCGUGCCCUCUGCUCUUGGGCUGAAUGUAGGGCUCGGCGGGGGGAAAGGUGGAAGGUCGGGCCGGGCGGAGAGGAGGAGAAAGGAGAGGGAAGGAUUGGUGGAGAGUGUUAAGAGGGUGGUUCAGUGGGCAGGCGAGAGGGGGGUGGCGGAGCUUUCGAUAUGGGAUGGACAAGGCCUUACGCAGGCGGCACUGCCAACACUACUGCGCACCCUAAGCACCACCUCCAUACCCCCUUCGCCCCCCACCUCCCCCUCCCCUUCUUCCAGGCCAACACAAGACGCAUCCCCCUUCUCCCGCCCUUCUUCCCCCUCGCCGUCCCCGCCGAAGAGGACGGAAACGCUGGGCGGCGGGGUGACGAGUAUCACCGUCUGGCCGUCCUUUGGGAAAGGGGAUUCGAAAAAGGCGGCGGGGGGGAGCAGGAAAGAGCUUGUGGUGCAUUUCGUACCGCCUUCCAGUGGUGCUGUGGGGGUUGUGAAUCUGACAAAGCAGUAUGUCAAGGGCAAGGUGGAGGUGGAGGAGGUCACGGUGAAGAAGGUGGAUGAGGAUAUAAAAAAGCAGCUGCAUUUCCGAGAGUAUCCUGAUUUGCUGGUCGUACAUCACCUUACACCUCCGCCAUUCUACGCGACGCUUUUGCCGAGACGAGCACCAGAACUCUGGGGAUACCCCUUCUGGGCGCUUCGAAUCACCGAAAUAUACCAACCUCCAACGCCAAUGCCAUUCCUCCACUACCUAAGCUUGCUCAUAAAAACCCUUCGCAACUCGUCUCUACCCUCUAUCAGGAAAGUUGGCAACGCCAUAGGGGAGCCUGGAAAGCCCGCGGGCAGUGCUUUGAGCCGAGAUGAGUGGGAUGGGGCGAUGAGGGCUUGGGUGAAGGUGGAGCAGAGGCUGGGAAAGUAG